UAUGUGUAUAUAUAGAACAUUAUAUGAAUAUGCAAAAGCUAAUCGGUCACCCAAAUUCCCUUCUAAUUCAUUCACCAAGCAAAACACCAACAUUCUUUCAUUGAACCCAAAGGACAAAAGUUUAUUUCAAUUUUUUUUUUUAUUGAUUCUGUUUAUUAUCUUGUUAUUCAAUGAUGAUUUCGUCCUGGAAAAGGAGAAGAGCUGCCAGGCGUGCAGGGAAAUUAGAGCAGAAAAGGAAUGAAAAUGGGGAGAUGGAGCUGACAAUACCAAGAGAUUUCAGGUGCCCCAUAUCGCUGGACUUGAUGAAAGACCCUGUCACGUUGUCUACAGGGAUAACUUAUGAUCGAGAGAACAUUGAGAAGUGGAUUGAGGCAGGGAAUUUCACUUGUCCUAUUACAAAUCAGGUUCUGAGGAGUUUUGAACUGAUCCCAAACCACAUGAUCAGGAAGAGGAUACAAGAUUGGUGCGUUGAGAACCAGUCUUAUGGGGUUGAGAGAAUCCCCACGCCUCGAGUUCCUGUUAGCUCGAUGGAUGUUUUGGAGAUUCUUUCGAAAAUUAAUGCCACUUGUAAGAAACAGGAUGGAGAGGGGUGUCGAGAUUUGGUUGUGAAGAUCAAGUCAUUGGCAAAAGAGAGUGAACGUAACAAGCGAUGCAUUGUGACUAAUGGGGCAGGUAGCGUUUUAUCAGAAGCUUUGGAAGCAUUUUCCAGGGCGCCUUUCGAUGAAAAUGUUGAGGUUUUAGAGGAGAUAUUGUCAGCUUUGACAAUAAUGUUUCCUUUUGAUGAAGAGGCCAAGGGUUUCUUAGGAUCAUCUUCAGCUAUGCAUUGCUUGAUAUGGUUUUUAAGCAGUGGAGACUUAUCCGGGAGAAGAAACGCAGUUUUGGCCUUAAGGGAGCUUGUUUCGUCAUCAGAUCAAAGAAAAGUGAAUGAGUUAUCAGAGAUGGAAGGUGCCAUUGAAGCAUUGUUUAAGCUAAUUAAGGACCCAAUUUGCCCAACAUCUACAAAAGCUUCUUUAACUGUCAUUUACCAUAUCAUCACAUCACCUUCAACAAAUGAGAAACAAGUAGCAAAACUUGUAAAUUUAGGCCUAGUAUCAUUGUUACUAGAAACGCUGGUGGAAACUGAAAGAGGAAUGAGCGAGAAGGCCUUAGGUGUUCUAGAUGGAAUUUGCAACAGCGAAGAAGGGAGAGAAAUGGCCUACAACAAUGCCUUGAGCAUGCCGGUUUUGGUUAAGAAAAUCCUUAGAGUGUCAAACUUGGCAACUGAUUUUUCAGUCUCCAUUUUGUGGAAGCUUUGCAAGAAUGAGAGAAGGGAAGAUGGUGGCGUCCUUGUUGAAGCUCUUCAAGUGGGUGCUUUUCAAAAGCUGUUGCUGCUUUUGCAGCUUGGCUGUGUUGACAAGACAAAGGAGAAUGUCUCAGAGUUGUUGAAACUGUUGAAUCUUCACAGGAACAAAAUAGAAUGUGUUGAUCCCAUGGAUAAUUUCAAGGAUCUGAAAAGGCCUUUUUGAUUGUAAUAGCAAACCAUGUAAAAGAUUGAGUAGGGAAAUUUUGGUUACAAAUUACAAAUUACAGUCCAAUGUACAAAACAAAAAAUUAUACAGUUUCAUUAAAAUUCCAUUACCAUGUAGAGUUUGGUAGCAAGAAAGAUUUGCAUUUCUUUGCUAACAAAAAAAAAAAAACAGGUUCUAAAUGUCAAACCAGUCUGGUCAAUUCAGGGCCUAGCUCUUAAAACCUGCCCCAGGAAUAAUAAUGGUGGAUUAGAAUAGAAAUUUUCAGACUGUCAGCCCUUAAAUUUUUGAGUCUUACAUCAUAACUCUUUAGGCAUAUAUGUAAAGAGAGCCGCCACAGGAGUGAUAUGGCAGUUGGCACAAAUGACUCGGCCUUUUUCUUGAGCAUUAAUACAUAUUUUGA